CCCCGCCAUUUUUCUCCUAGUUAGGAUCCUUUCCGUUUUUUAUCGAUGGAAACUGUUGUAAACCGAAAUCGCAACUGCAGGUUUAAUGCAGGUUAACCUUUUUUAAAAAGUUGACAUUCAUAAACAAACAGGACGGUUAGUCUGUUCCACGGCCUUUAAAAAACGAAACUCUUAAAAGUUUUUAUAUUGUGGCUUUAUUAUGAAGAAUAAUGGUUACGUCUGACGAGCUGGGGCCUGCAUCUGUAGCGAACAUCUCACGCAGGGUUGUAUAGAUGUUAAAAUUAGCCGAGAAAACUUUAAAAGAUACACAAAAUCCACGAAGGGGGGUACUUUGUGUUACGCGUAGCUUGUUUCCUUGGGGUAGCUUUAUAUCUGCUGGACAAGGAGACUCCAGAGUGUAAACAUGGCUGCAGUCCUACCGUCGAGAUCGUGUGAUAGCAGCCCUGCUACUCCGGGGGCACACUCCACCAAGGAUGAUAUUGAGGAGAAUUCCAAUGAUGGAAGCCAGGCUCCCAAACGUCGUCGAAUGGGAUCGGGAGACAGCUCCAGAAGUUGUGACACUUCCAGCCAGGAUCUGGGGUCCACAUACUUCCCCGCCGAAAAUCUCAUUGAGUACAAAUGGCCUUCUGAUGACACAGGAGAAUACUACAUGCUUCAGGAACAAGUCAGCGAAUACCUAGGGGUCACCUCGUUCAAGCGCAAAUAUCCAGACCUGGAACGGCGGGACCUGUCCCACAAGGAAAAGCUGUACCUGAGAGAGCAGAAUGUGAUAACGGAAACGCAGUGCACAUUAGGGCUGACGGCUGUCCGCAGCGAUGAAGUCAUUGACCUGAUGAUUAAAGAGUACCCAGUCAAACACGCUGAGUAUUCAGUUAUCCUUCAGGAACGAGAGCGACAGAGAAUCACUAAAGAGUACUCUCAAAUGCAGCAACAGAACCCACAGAAGGUUGAACCCAGCAAAGUACCAGAAUACAUCAAGAAAGCUGCGAAGAAAGCCGCUGAGUUCAACAGCAAUUUUAACCGGGAGCGAAUGGAAGAAAGAAGAGCUUAUUUUGACCUCCAGACGCAUAUUAUCCAGGUGCCCCAAGGAAAGUACAAAGUCCUGCCUCCUGAGAGAACCAAGAUGGGGCCUUACCCUGUAGCCCUGAUCCCUGGCCAGUUUCAGGACUAUUACAAAAGGUAUUCUCCCAACGAGCUGCGCUACCUGCCGUUAAACACGGCCCUCUACGAGCCCCCGCUGGACCCCGAGCUGCCGGCCCUUGACAGCGAGGGCGACUCCGACGAUGCGGAGGAGCCCCAAGGGGACGGGAAGAAGAAGACAAAGGGCUCUUCGGUAAGAGAGGAAGUCUUCCUCUCGCUCUUCCUCCCUCGCAGGGGUGCUCCGGAAAGCUCUUCUGGGAACACGUCCGAUGGGGACAGUCCCACCGAGAGUCAGGAAAGCUCUGUGCAGGGGAAGUCCAAGUCGAAGGACAGGCCGGCGACUCCAGCUAAAGAUGGUUCCAAACGUUCUGUGCAACACAAAUCUGUCCCUGGGUACAAGCCAAAGGUCAUUCCAAAUGCUAUAUGUGGAAUAUGUCUGAAGGGUAAGGAGUCCAACAAGAAAGGGAAGCCUGAAAGUCUCAUUCACUGCUCCCAGUGCAGCAACAGUGGCCACCCCUCCUGCCUGGACAUGACUGCCGCGCUGGUGGCCCUGAUCAAGACCUACCCCUGGCAGUGCAUGGAGUGCAAGACCUGCACGGUCUGCCAGCAGCCCCAUCACGAGGAGGAGAUGAUGUUCUGCGACAAGUGUGACCGCGGCUUCCACACCUUCUGCGUCGGUGUGGACGCCAUUCCUUUAGGAUGCUGGGUGUGCGACUGUUGUGUGAGGGAGCAGCCGGCCCCAAAGAAGGGAUUACGAAGAAGCAAGGCCAACAAGGAUGGCUGAUGUAAGAAUCGCCCCCCCUCCCCUGCCCUGCUGUGUGAUCACACCGACGCAGAGCCACAGCAGCCAAAGAAUUAACUCAAGGAAGCGGUUCCAAGGGCUACCUAUCUCAGUUUUUUUUUUUCUUCUCAGGUGUAAGCAAAAAUGCUCUACAAUCAUGUAUAUGAUGUGUCUGCCUUUGUUGUGGUGUAUUAAAUGUGCAGAUCAGGUCAUUUGUUUUUUCUAAGAAAUAAAAUGGAAACGUGUUUGUGUGAAGAA